CUAGGGAGAUUUCUCCUACUGCUAUAUUUCAGUUCUUGUCCUUGUAAGGAUUGGUUCUCUGAAAGGCCAACUCCCAGCUGGACUUUAAUUCCUUCUUUCAAUCAUGGCCUCGACAACUCAUAUCGGCUCGGGCGGCGGGCUCGAGACGCUGGAUGCGAUCUCUUCGGCUGAAAACACACACAUGAACAACACCCGUGAAAAGAAAUACGACGCUACAUCUGGCGACGAUGAGGAGACGGCUUCGAAGCGAAUUGAGAUACCCCUGGACGCCUUUGGCGAUGAGAGCAACGCCGAAAUUCAGUACAAGACAAUGAAAUGGUGGCAAGCUUCUAUGAUCAUGGUUGCAGAAAACAUAUCCCUAGGAAUUCUGUCUCUGCCCGCCGUCCUAGCGACAGUCGGCCUGGCCGCCGGCCUCACUGCCAUCAUCGGCCUGGGCUUGUUCGCGAGUUACUCGGGCUAUGUCCUCUGGCAGUUCCGAAUGCGCUACCCCCAAGUAGCCAGCUACACCGACAUAGGCACGGUCCUGAUGGGCCGUUUCGGCCGCGAGGUAUUCGGCGCGGCCUAUGUGAUAUACUGCCUGUUCUUCAUGGCAAGCCACCUGUUGACCUUCACGAUCGCGCUCAACGUGCUCUCGCGGCACGGGGUGUGCACGAUCGCGUUUGGCGUCGUCGGCGUGAUCGUGUUCAGCAUCCUAACAAUCCCACGGACGCUCAAGAACGUGUCGUUCCUCAGCAUCGUCAGCUUCGCCAGCAUCAUGUCGGCGGUGCUCCUGACCAUCAUCGCGCUGGGCGUCAGCCCCGACGCCGCGUACGAGGACAUGAAGGCCGUGUACCGGCCGAACUUCCCCACGGCCUUCAACAGCAUCUGCAACGCCGUCUUCGCCUACGCGGGCCACGUCGCCUGGGUGAGCUUCAUCUCGGAGCUGCGGGACCCCAAGGACUUCCCCAAGGCGCUCGGCACGCAGCAGCUCUUCCAGAUCGUCAUGUACACGAUCACGGCGCUCGUCAUCUACCGCUUCGCCGGCGAGCACGUUGCUAGCCCUGCGCUCAGCAGCACGGGUACCGUAGUCCGGAAGGUCGCCUGGGGCAUCGCGCUGCCGACCAUCAUCAUCGCUGGCGUCAUUUUUGCGCACGUCAAUGCCAAGUACAUCUACCUGCGCAUGUUCGCGGGUACCAGGUAUCUGCACAGCCGAGGCCUCGUAGCGACUGGAUCCUGGAUCGGACUCGGUGUUCUCACGUGGACCAUUGCCUGGAUCAUUGCAAACUCAAUUCCCAACUUUAGUGAUCUCCUUGGUUUCGUUAGCGCGCUUUUCGGUGCUUGGUUCUCGUUCGGCGUUCCUGGCUUCCUGUGGAUGUACCUCAACCAUGGGCAGUGGUUUUUGAACUGGCGCAAGACAUGCCUGUUUUUCGUAAAUCUUGCCCUGAUAUUGCUUGGGUUUAUCAUUUUCGGUGUGGGCUUGUACGCCUCUGGAUGGUCUAUGUCUCAAGACAGCUCGGGCAAGGUCUGGUCUUGUGCUGAUAACAGCGAAUAAAAAGUGUCGAGACCCACUGAGAUAUAGAAUAUACAAUUUUCACGAUUUUUACUUCACAGCAACAACCAUGCUUUCCAAUAUGAAAGCCCCAUAUCUAUGAUGAAGUUUUGCAGUGAUUGAAACGUGGCCCUUGA